ACGGGCAGACAAAUUUUCUCUUUCAGGGCGUACAGGCUCUGUUCUGGCAGAUUCCGUUGCCGUGGUUCAGUUUUGCAGAGAUUUUCGACCUUUCCGGAUGUUUUAGGGAAGAACUCGCGGGUGUGAACCAGACAUCAAAUAGUGCCCUGGGAUAGUUUCCUUCAAAUUGGAUGGCCAUUGUCUGUGGUCGGUUGGAUGUGUUAGUGUGUGACAUUGUGUCAUCCCUUGAAGGGUGGGAGUUGAAGGAGCUACAGUAUCUACGUUAAGGCCGCAAAGGCCUUCUAACAUAUGGAUUAUUGUGCCAAUAUUAUCAAAGCCAAACGCGUGUCAAAGCCAAAGAUUCCCCCUCUAAAUUUUGGGAGUGGAAUCGGAAGUGUGUUCCUGCUGAGCAAUCAAGACGAGCGGAAGCUUGACGACACCCUGCGAAAAAAGGAGUCCUUGUUCUUUCGGGUGGAGUUGGGUUCAUCAAAUGAUUUUUUGUGUGCAUGUUUGAUCAUCAUCGAUUUGUGGUUCGACAAAAAGUGAGAAAAUUAGACCUCGUUCGAAAGGAAAAAGGAUUUCACUCUGCUCAAGAAAGCUUCGUAGCAUUCCCCUUCCAAAGGUGUCCUUCUCCGUAUAUUUGAUUCGGUCAGGAAGAAGUGACGUGGCAAGGAAGGGUGUUUCCGAAUUGUGUUUAUCUAGCGGCUGGAAAGUGGAUGAGUGUCGUGUGUAACUUUGCCGGAGCGGAAAUUGCUUCAGAAUUUGUGGGAACAAAGUUAUUCCAAGAGUCAUUUGGAGUCAGUCAGUGAAAGGCCGUGUAUAGUGUAUAAUGCCUGAAGAACAUCUUCGCAACAACAGCAGCAGGGGAAUUCCAUAAUCGAAAGUUUUUUUUUCUUGCGUGAUUCUACUAAGUGGACCAGUGGGAUUUUGGAAAGUGCUUUUGCCACUUCUUGGAUAAUUCGAAGAGUUUCCAUUGUCGAGUCUGUGUGUGAAAGGAAAACUUUGCUAUCAAAUUGGAGUUUCUGUUAAGCAUCCAGUCAGCCCCGUGUCAAUUGGAUACAACCAUCAUCACCAUCAUCGCCAGGAGGUUUGCUGGAAUUGGUGCUCGUGCGUGUGAGAGAUCCCUCAUCGGUUCAUCACCCGGGCUAGCGUGACUCGAAUAAACAAGUACAAUUCACUCCCAGCUGGGACCCAGUUUGCCAGCAGUUUAUAUUUUAUCCGCAAACAUCUUAGUGCGAAAAGAAAAGAAGUGCCAACACGAGAAACCAUCGUGAAGAAAGCCAAAUUGAUUUCGUUGGAAUUUGUGCAACGGAUGGAAAACUAGGUUGUUGUUCCGUGAAAAUUCGGUUGAGAAAUUAUUCAAGUGUUUGAGAGUGAGUGCGGCCGAAGAAAAUCUUAAGCCAACAAACAGACGACAAACUGUGGCAGCAAAAUGGCGCGCUUGAAGAAGAGUUGUUACGUUUGGUUGUUGUUUCUAGUGAUUUGUUCGGUGGUGUUGGCUGUUUACUCAGAUAUGUCCGCCAUGACGACGACGGAAAUCGUGGCAUCCAGCGACAGAAGUGCUGAGAUUGCAACGGAAAUGAGUGGAAACGAUGGUACGACGGAGGUGGUGAAGGAGGUGUCAGAAAUUCCGUCUUCCACUGCGCUCAGCGAGUCAUCAAGUGUCGUUGUCACAAGUGGCCCAACGCAGACGAUGGAAGGUUUGACGACAGGUCUUGCGGUUGAAGUGAGUACCGGUGCAUCAGCAGCUACAGCUGGGGAAGAGGAGAAGAAGGGAGAUAUUGAGUUGGAAAGUGAGACUCCGGUUAUAAGUUUCGGAAUUCGGUCGUUCACGGUUGAAGUGGGCACUGGAACAGAACGGUCCAGCGAUGAGCCAGUGCUUAUGAAUGCAACCCAGCCGGAAAAUGCAACUCAGCAGCAGGGCGACGAAAGUGCCACCACUUCGCAAGUGAAUUUUUCAACUGACUCAUUGGGUGAUGUGGCGACAACAGUUACCGUUGAAAAGACAGUUUCGACUAUUGGAACCAGUGAAGCCACUCAUGUGGAAAGCACGCCUGGGAAAAGCUUUAAUCAGGAAUUGACAAGUGAUGCCGGCCAAACCGUAGUUACCAUUAAUACCAAGCUAACCAAUGAGAAGCCAAUCAAUAUGGAUGAGUCCAACGAAGAGCAACAUCUAUCGAAUGAAAUUCGGGUCGAGAAGAAAAAUGGCCUCUAUCGAAUCAAGAUAGCGGAAAUCACAACGGAUGAAUUCGAUAAUGGAUUGCAUGAAAGCGAUAAUGAGAAUAUGCUGAUGCCAGCUGAUAUCAUGGCAGCCCCCAAGUCCAUUUAUCCAAGUAAGAUUAAUAUUGAUGAUUUUUACCCCUCGAAGCUGGAAGACUUUAAACCUCUGUCUAGCGGUGGAAAUUCCGUACAAAGAGAGGAGGUAAUGCAGGAGAAAAUGCUGCGGGAAAAGGCGAUUCUGCGAAACGAGGAUAAUGAGAAACUUUUCGAAUCAACAAUCAUGAAGCCAUCGGAAGUUUUGCCAAUAAUUGACAGUAAAACUGACAGCUCUGAUGAGGAUCGGAGUGAGGAUGACAAAAAAGGACAGGAUAAUAACGGUGAUAUUUCCACCACCAAGAUUGAGAUAGAACUAAUAGAUGAUACCUCAGAAACUUCAACCAGCGACGAAGGAAAACCCUCCAUUGACAAUAUCACCGAGAAGUUGGAAGAAAACGACGAAGUAAUUAGCAGAAUCGAAGAGAAUUUCAAAGGUUACAAAACUUUCGAACCACCAGAGGAGGAAUUUCACGAAGAGCCGACUCCAAAGAAGAAGGAUGAUGAAGUGAUUACCAUCGCCAUUUCUUCAGUGACGUUUUCAUCGUCGCAGCAAUUAUCUACACAAAUGCCACCUACUCUAACGCCAAUUGCCGGAACUACCACUCAAUCCACACAGGAGGAAGUCCCAAUCCCUGUCAGCGGCAGUGACAUUGUCAAAGCCAAUUACGGCAAUUUGUUCAUUCCGAGACGAGUGAAGAAAAACGAUCCAACCACAUCCAAACUGAACGUGUUCAACUCUGCCCCUCUGAAGAAGAUUGAUUUUGCCAAUACAAAAUUCAACACUGACAACAGUGGCUCACCUCACGAUCCCAAAGAUGCCAGCAAAAAAGAUAAACCGGAAUUCUCCACAACCAAGUUCUACAACAGCAAAGAGCUCUACAGCGAGUUACACCACCAAAUGAUGAAUGAUAGCGACCAUCGUCAUCCAAACCGCAAUUCCCCGGUCGUCCCAAAGAAAACCACUGUCAUUGUUUCGGAAAAGGACAUCCUCACCGCCAAAACCCUCUCCAAACCAUCCCAAACUCAAUCAACGGUAACCGCCAAAAAGCUCCCACCGAAAUCUGUCACCCCAACAAAUGUGACGCCCGUUCGCCAGGAGUCCAACAUCAAAAAGCAACUCCUGCAGACAAACUUUAUUCCGCGUGAGGACACCCCCAACCCUCCGCCCACCACUAAACCACAUGCCAUCGCCGAAAGCACAUCUGUCAACCGACCUCUCCACCCUCAGGACCAACAGAAGAAGAUAAAAAGCCUCGGCGCUGCUGCUUCCGCCAUCAUAGCUGCCACCACCAAGCUCACCAAGGACAACAGCAAGGCCGCAUCAGCUCGUAAUACACCUGCGGCCAUCAGCACCACCACUUCCGCCACCACCAUCACUAACCUACGCAAACCGCAACCAUCGAGCACCAAACCGGGGCCUAGUGGCGAAAGCUUAAUCACAAGGCCGGUCAUUACGCCGCUAUCCCGGCUGCAGGAGAAAAUUAAUACGCUGGAUUGCGACAUCCAGGCCGUCUCUCCCGACUCAUCCAUCUGGCGGGGCAACGAAACGCACGAUCUCAAUCUGCCCAUUACGCAGACGCCAGAGGACUGCUCGGCAGGGUCCAGCUGCAUCCCGACCACAAUCUCCUGGGAGGGCACCGCCGACAUCCAGUCCGGGGAUGUGUUGAUUGUGGAGAUUGACGAUAAGCACUUAAUUCCGUCCAAUUAUAACAGAUCGGGAGAAAGUGCCCAUCAUACAACAACGGCAGUCUACCAGGUGACGCGUCUCGGGCACGAAAAUUGCGACAUCACCGAGGGCGUCCUGCUCGACAUCACUCCGCUGGUCGUGGACGGCAAGAAGCUGGUCACCCUGUACGACAAGGACCUGACGGAGGGAAUUAAUCUGCUAAUUGUGGUCUCUGAGCAGUGGGGUCAUCAGUGCGUACGUCUAAAAGUGACCGUCAAGUCGGACAAUUGCGGUGAAAAUGCUGACUGUUCCGGAAAAGGUGUAUGCUUCUCCAACAACUCGAUGGAAGGUUAUGAAUGCCAGUGCUGCAGUGGAUUUGCUGGAUCACAUUGCGAAGAGAUCGACGCCUGUACUCCAUCGCCGUGCACCAACAAUGGCAUUUGCGUCGAUCUUUCGCAAGGCCACGAAGGAAACGCCUACCAAUGCUUGUGCCCUUACGGAUACACUGGUAAGAACUGCCAAUUCGAGUCCGAUCCGUGCAACCCAUCGCAGUGUUUGAAUGGUGGAACAUGCGUUGGAAACUCCACUCAUUUUAGAUGUGACUGCACCUCGGGCUACACCGGUCCGCUCUGCCAACACAACCUCAACGAAUGCGAGUCCUCACCUUGCGUUCACGGAAUCUGUGUCGAUCAGGAGGAUGGAUUCCGGUGCUUCUGUCAGCCAGGAUUUUCCGGCGAGCUGUGCAACUUCGAGUACAACGAGUGCGAAUCGAAUCCCUGCAUCAACGGCGGUCAGUGCAUCGACAACAUUGGUGGCUUCUCGUGCAAAUGCACUCGCGGCUACACGGGGAAACGCUGUCACAUCAAGGUGGACUUUUGCGCCAAUGACCCUUGUCCGGAUGGCCAUCGCUGCAUAGAUCACGGGGACGAUUUCACCUGCGAGUGCCCUGGGGGCCGGAAUGGACCGGAUUGCAAUCAGGUGCCCAGAACGCUGUGCAAUGUGAAUCCAUGCGCAAACGGAGGAACCUGCUGGACUACCGAGGAAUCGUUCUACUGUGCAUGCCGACCGGGAUUCACCGGAAAAAUGUGCGAAGAGAACUUUGUAAUCGACACGGUUGUCAGCUCGAGUGAGAUGCUGUCGGACAGUCUUGGCCAAAGUGGUGCCCAAGGUGGAUUGCACUUGGGGGGCAGCAGCACCCUCUACGGAGACAUGGAGUCCCACGGUGGCAAGCGGGGAAGCGCCAUCGAGCUGCACAACGCGUAUAUCGCUGCGGGAACGUUAGCGGCAGCCAUUCUCAUCGUGGUCAUUGUGGUAACCGCAUGUCACUGCAAGGUGCACCAGAGUUAUCGCUACUUCGCCACCAAGCACCGGCAGCUGAUACCGAUCUUUGGCCGCAAAACGAAAGCGUCCUCCACGAAUCGGCACUGGCUUAGCGGCAAAGGACAUCAGCAAACGACCACAGGCCACAACAACCUGAACUACAGCUAUGCCCACCAGCAUCCGAACUCGUACAGCCUGCAGCCGGAGCGGAUAAUCAACAAACCGCUGCAGAUGAAUCUGGAGAACGACAUGUACUACACGGUGGAUUUCGGCGAGUCGCAAAACGCGCCCUUGAUACAGUAAAACAACCACGGGGCGAAGGCUGGAGGAGAGGAAAAUUCGUUUGAAAAUUUCUAAUUUCGACGUUGAGUUCUAUUCAGGCGCUUAUCUAGUAGAAUAAUUACAAAAGGAUCUAAGGUUACGUGACAGAGAAAUUAAGAAAACAUACAUUAGCCAAAGAACGAAAGCAAAGAUAACAACUCGUUUUAAUUGAAACCGGACAUCUGCCGAACUGAUCGAACAGAUUAAUCCAAACGUGGACACUACAAUACAAUGAAUAAUGGAGAGAGUCAUGCGAGAAACGACACGGAAGCUUUACAAACACGCUCCGAAACCGUAAUCCGAUUAAGUCGCUAACGAAUGUAAGUUGACCCACGAUCCAAAUUCUGUAUAAAUAUAGUGAAGAGUAUUCUCGAUGACGGUGACGGUGGCUGUAUAGAAAGGUAAGCAAGCAUGUCUGACGAAAUCCCAAAGCCCACGUCGUUUCGUCGUCUUGCUGGAGAUGAAGCGAAACGAGAUUUGUGUCGAGCACUGGCAAAAAAUGAAAGAAAACGAUGAAUCCACUAAUGAUAAGAUUUUAUAUUCCCUGAUGCCACGGUUGACAAUGUUCGUUGUUUAUGAUUGAGAUAAUAAAAAAAGCUUUAUUUCUGUUUUGUGAUUUUGAUCCGUUCGUUUUGCACGUGCGUGAAUGUGAGGGUAAGGCCCUUGCCAGUGUGGAUGGAAAAGCCUCACGUGUUAGAUUAAAUGGACAGAGGAAGACAAACCCAUAAUUUUAAACAACAAUAAACACAUAAUAUAGGAAUAAAUAAGAAACUGACAACUAUUGCUGAUUGUGGCUGAAAAUCAUACGAAAGGAGACUUUUA